ACCGCACCGACGCCGCAGAGACGAACCCUCCAACCCCACACCGCCAGGACCACCUGCCAACAUACUACCCAGGGAACUGACGCCUCGCGGGGUAAAUGCGUCCUCCACCCAGGGCUCUUCAAGGUGCCGGCACGGCCUGUCGGUGGGCCUGGCUUUUCGGCAGAAGGACAAUCAACAAGUGUCUCCGCUUACCAGAGCUCCCUUCCGAAUUCAGGCGCUGUGACAGCUCACCUCAAUCUAUGCUCAAUGCUUCUGAUAAAAUCCCUCGAGAGGACCGAGACUGGUUCAACAUACUCAGCGAGCCGAGAAGGGCCAUUUUCCCCGGCUGUCCUGCAAACCCUCCUCCUCACAUCGAGCCCGGCGGGGGUUGGGGAGGCUCAGCAGGAAGGAACCCUGGGGAGAAGCCAGGGUUGGCAACCCCCGCCCCCCGACGCACUCCCUGUCAGGCCAGGGCCUUCUAACGGGUGGUGGCCGUGAAGCUCCCACUCCUCCCAGAGUCCCCGCCGACCCCCAGCCCUAGGCCCGGCCCCUCCUGCACACCGCGCUCCCGCCCCGCGGCGUCCACCCUCGAGCCCCCUGGCCAGGUUACCAUGCUGGCGGGGCGGCCUGCUGCGCUCGAGGGGCUCUCCGUGCCCCCACUGCACCGCCCCCCGGAGGAGGGGUGCUGGGUGUCUGGGUGUCUACUCCUGCCUGUCUCUGCAGCAGAGCUUAGCAGAGUUCUCGGUCGGAGAAGCGCACCAGGCAGCGGCAAUAAUUGCGGGCCCGGCGUACGGCAGCCAUCUUCGCGGGGCAGGGGGCCAGAUCGGGGCGCGCUGGGGUGGCGGCGGCGGCCGGGGACUCGGGGAGUGGAGGGACGCCCGUUGCCAGCCGAAGCAGGGGAUUAUGCGAACACCGGAGCGUCAGCUCUACUGGAGACCCCGGACGCCGCUGCGGUGCUGCCCCCUCAGCUGCGCAAACCUGCGCCGACGCGCCGAGCAUGCGCAGUGUCGGUGCUGCCCGUGUGCGCUGCCCGGCCACCCAGCCCCGCGGGCUGCCUCGUGGUAGGCUAGGGGUCGCGGACCUACUGUAGGCGCGCGCCUGACGCUGGGUGAGGCUGCCCGGGUGCCGAACCUCAAGCUCAACCCGCUUGUUGGGCUAAGUGAACACUUAAGCGAACUUGAACAAGCACUACCUCAAAAAUGUUUACAACCCAAAUUUAGGGGUGGGCCCGUAAGGCAAGCCGCCCUGAGAAGCAUCGAACUGGACGCUUGGGACAGUCGCAACAAAGUCCUCGGAGCUUCUGGCUAGAGUCCCGCGCCAGGAAUGCGGGAAAACAAACUUCUCAACAGUCACAGUUGUUAUAACGACUAAAGUUUUUGAGAGCACAGACAGACUGGAGGUUGAGGAAAAGACGCGCUUUGGUGCCCAGCAGGAGGAAAGAGCUAACGCAAGGCACGUCUCACUACAGAUCCCAUAAUGCAGUGAGAGAAGGGCUUGCGACUCCAUGGCCCUGAAACCCAAGUGCCGUGGAGACGGCGCCCGCGAGGCACUCUGGGAUUUGUAGUCGGCCUCUCAGGUUUGAGCACCGGAACUUACACUUGGUCCUCCGCCCCACCUCUUAAAGCCCAAACUACCUUAUUUCUUCUCAAGUGAAUGUACUUGUUUAUCAGGUGAUACUUUGUUUUUACACAAUUUAAAUUUU